GGCCGGGAACGGGGCCGGGGCCGGGAGCGCUGAGCGGGCCGCGGUGCCUCAGAGGUGCCUCACAGGCGCCGAGGGUCUCGGUUCCGGCCCUUGCGGCUGCGGUGCCCGGCCCAGGCGGGCAGCGCGGUGCGGCGGGGCUGGGCGCGGACACUGGCGGUGAGGGAAGGAGCCGAGCAGCCGCAGGGUGCGGGCACCCGCAGAGCCUCGGAGCGGGUCUCGGCCGGCUCCCCCGGGCAGCGAGUGGGGCAGAGGGGCCCUGAGGACAGCCCUGCACCCCUGCUCGCUUUUACAGCACAGCAGCCCCGGUGCUGCGGGCCCACAGCGCAGCUUGUGGCCACCGUGCUUCCAAAAGAUGGACUGAGUCAUGGGUGUCACACGCCUGCAAAAUUAUUCAUGCGUUAUUGAGGCGUUCAGUUCACGGUCCUUUUAAGCAGUGAAAGAUGCCUAAAAAAAAGACUGGUGCUCGUAAGAAAGCUGAGAACCGUCGGGAACGGGAGAAGCAGAUAAGGGCUUCACGAGCCAACAUCGACCUGGCCAAACAUCCCUGCAAUGCUUCAAUGGAAUGUGAUAAGUGCCAAAGACGACAGAAGAACAGAGCUUUUUGUUACUUCUGUAAUUCUGUUCAGAAACUGCCCAUUUGUGCACAAUGUGGAAAAACCAAAUGCAUGAUGAAGUCUUCAGACUGUGUUAUAAAACAUGCUGGUGUGUACAGUACUGGACUAGCUAUGGUGGGUGCAAUCUGUGAUUUCUGCGAGGCCUGGGUGUGCCACGGCAGGAAGUGUCUCAGCACCCACGCCUGUACGUGCCCUCUGGCAGAUGCCGAGUGCGUUGAGUGUGAAAGAAGUGUCUGGGACCAUGGGGGCAGAAUAUUCGCCUGCUCUUUUUGCCACGAUUUCCUCUGUGAAGAUGAUCAGUUUGAACAUCAAGCCAGCUGCCAAGUUCUGGAAGCAGAGACAUUUAAAUGUGUCUCCUGUAACAGGCUGGGGCAGCAUUCCUGCCUGCGCUGCAAGGCUUGUUUUUGUGAUGACCACGUGAGAAGUAAGGUUUUCAAGCAGGAAAAAGGGAAAAAGCCUCCUUGCCCUAAAUGUGGCCAUGAAACUCAGCAGACAAAGGAUCUGAGCAUGUCAACACGCUCUUUGAAGUUUGGCCGGCAGAGCGGAGGGGAAGAUGCAGAUGGAGCCUCUGGUUAUGAUUCCUACUGGAAAAACCUUUCCUCCAGCAAGUCUGGGGAUCGUGAGGAGGAUGAUGAGUAUGAGGCAGAAGAUGAUGAUGAAGAGGACAACGAUGAGCGAGGGAAGGAUUCAGAUUCCGAGGCCACGGAUGUGUUCAGCAAUUUGAAUUUGGGAAGGACCUAUGCUAGUGGGUAUGCACAUUAUGAGGAGUCAGAAGAUUAAGCUCAGUGUGCUGGCAAGCUAAAAACAUGUGGAAGGAGCCAAGCAGUGCUUCAGUGAGUUGUGUACAUGCCAGUAGGAUAGCUCUAGCAGGUACUUACAUAUCAGAGUUAGAGAAUAAAGAGUGUGGGAAUUCUGCAGUAACUCCAAGGGACGUUUUUCCUGUAGAUAAACUGAUGCUUGGUUUGGCACUGGGGGAGAAAAUCAGGAUAUUUUUAUUCCCCUGGACAACAGAAUGGUUUUGUCCUUGAGUUACUGAGUACAGUGGUUCAAUGCCAUUUUCUCCUGUCUACACAGAAAUGUGGGAAAGCUGUAGAAUUUGCUUCCAUUUGCCCAUCAGAAAUUAAGUUAUUUUUUACAAUAAUUUUGUUAACUGAUUUCAUACAUUAAUGCAGUGGUGGGCUGGUGGCUGCAUUUUUUUUUUUUUUUGGUCUUCACAAUAAAAUUCAACUGCAUUCUCUAA